AUGGCGGCAGUAGACUCGAUCGGCAGGUCUGGAGGUUUAGCCUCUCUUUGGAACCCGUCAGUUUUUUCUUGCAGUGAAGUGGUCAGGCAAAGGUAUUUCUUAUGUAUUUGUGGCAAUCUUAUUCCUUCGGGUAUUAGAUUAAAUAUUGUCAACGUAUAUGCACCCAAUGAUGCUAGUGCUCGUAGAGGUCUGUGGUCUGAUUUAACCCAAUUAAGGAAUUCGCGGCAAAGUCUGUGGGUGUUUGCUGGGGAUUUUAACGAUGUUCGACACCUGGAGGAGCGUAGGAACUUGGAAUAUGUGGCAGCGAAUGCCGAUGCAUUCAAUGAUUUUAUUUUGUCAGCAGCCUUACAGGAGUUUGAUAUGGGAGGCGAAAAGUUUACUUAUAUAUUGGAUCGUGGGGAUAAGCUGAGUUUUGUGGAGUUUGUCUUAAAUAAGUGCAAUCAGUUCUCAUUUAAUGGUCCCGGGGAUUUGGCGUUAGCCACGAAACUCAGAUGGUUGAAAAAUAGAAUCAAGGAAUGGAUUGUGGUGGAAAAACAAUCACUUGAUGGGUUAUACUCUAUGCGUAAAGCCAAGGUGGAUGAACUAGAGUCUAUGGCGGAAGUGAGGGAUCUUUGUCAGGAUGAGCUGGAUUUGCGGAUGGAGUAUAAGCAAUUUUUGCGGGAGUUUGAUGAGCAUAGACAAUCGGAUAUGCGUCAAAAGGCUAGAGUCAGAGGGGCUAUAGAUGGAGAUGAAAACUCCGGAUUCUUUCAUGCAACAGUGAAUGCUAAUUUAAGUUCAAAUCGUGUCAACGGUAUUUUCAUUAAUGAUGAUUGGAUUACUAACCCGACUUCUAUUAAACAACACUUUUUUGAGUAUUAUUCCCAGCUAUUUACGGAACCCAUGCAAAAUUGCCAAACAACAGUUCUUUUGGCUGGUAAUUCCCUGACUCCGGAAAUGGAAUGA